AAACCAAUACUAAUACCCACCACGAAAUCAUGCGCUUGGUAGCUUCAAAAGGAGCAAGAUCUAUGAUCAUCUAUCCCGGGGUGCACCCGACCAAAGCUGUAAUUGUAAUUAUACCACUGUGCCGUCCGGGAAACUUUACACCCAUGUUUGCCGUAUGGCCCACCCCCGCCACCCCCUUAUAUUAACCCGCCUCUCUUUAAUGUGUCCUAGUACUUUGACGCACGAUCACAUCACCCUCAAUGUUGCAUUACCAUGCACCCAUCACCCAUGCCUCGCCCGAUGGCUACCCAGUCCACGCUCAUACCGCACAUUCUGAUCGCUCCUCAUCGCCAUCCACUGGCAGCACCACGAGUUCGUCAUGUGCCUCCGGUUCUCCACGGCUAAUGUCGCCGAUUCAAAGUACGGAAAAUAUUUUUCGGACAAUCUUGAAUGUCAGGAAAGGUUGGAAGACUCUGAAGGGCAAUACCGAGCCUGUAUGGCCACCUUAUCUCGAAGCCACGAUGCUGGAAGGUCUUCAUCAAUAUAAACCCGUCGACUCGCGGGAAACUCAAAUUUUAGGACGAUUCCCUAUGCGCAAUCGCUUCAUCUCGGAGUACAUUUACCACAAAACGGGCAAGUACAGAUCAUCCAAACAAAUAGGCAGUCGACUACAGCAAUUUAGGGACACAUCCGAGGGGCGGGAAUUGAUCGAUUCCCUCGCCCGAUCUUAUCUCAGUACGCGGAGUGAAGUCGGCUCGCCACGGAGGUUUUCUCCUCAUAACCAUGUUUUUGAGGGUGAAUCCAUGCCUCCGCUCGACUAUAUAUCUGUCGACUCUUCGGGAAACGAAACCUCAUCUGCCUCCUCAUCUUACGGCUCCUCCGCAGAAUACAUUGACACUGCCAUGCCAUCCUCUAGACGAAACAACCUUCCUGACAACCGUACUCCAGUGUACAUUGACAUCUUGCCAGAGGCUAGCUCAUUCUCGAGCUCAUCCUCCUCACGUUCACGUGUACCAUCUUCUUCGUACAGGUCCUUUCAUGGUGCAGCUGCAUCCCAACCCUCCCCAAAUGCACCACGUUGCAUGAGGGACAUCGACCCUACCGUAACCUUCGUCUCACCUUCUACUGUCAUUGGCAAGUCAUCCUAUAUAGUGUUAUUGGAUGGCGCACCCAUACACAGCGAGGACACGAAACUCGAAUGUGUCGGACCAUAUUUCGCUGGUGCUUCCGGUGACGGGCCGUUGCUCUACAGCACGGCUCUGGUUCCCAAGUAUUGGGAUACCUUGUGCAAGUCUCCAGACCCCACCGUAUACACCAUUAUUCAGGAUGUGUACCGUUCUCCUGACUCAGCAACUUCCUCAAGGAACUCGGGUCGCCCACGCCCUGUCCUCAUAUUUUCUGCUAUAUACCACUUCCGAUACCCGGCAUCUACACGCGCACCCCCACCUUCCAUCCCACCGCAUUUGUCUUAUCAACCCAAUUCUGCAUCUUUAUCUCACAACACUCAUCCUUAUCCCAACAUGACCAACCCCAUCCGCCCGCCCGCAUUCCAAAACUCCAUGUCUCCGAGCUUCUCGGACCCAGGGAUGUUCCAAUCAUAUGACUACAGCACGCAAUACCGGCUGGAUGAGCCAUUCAGACUGGACGUCAACAUGGAUAACUUUUCCCUCGAUGAUUUCGUGGUCAACAUUGACUCGCCUGACGCGGCAUCAAAUGACAUGAUGGUUCAGUCGUCAUCAUCUUCAAGCUUCCCGAAGGACAUCCGGAAUUAUAUCAUGUAAAACUAUUGUACAUAUAAUCGUAAUAUCGGCACCUACUAUAUGCUCGAUAUUUAUCAUAAUGGGCCCUCUGAUGGGCCCAGAUGCUUCCAGACUGGACUCUCGUUCGUGUAGCUUCGCAUUCACUCGACUGAGAUUAAAGGACGCGAUACUUAUCUGCGUUUCGUUGGCUUCUACGGGCAAUUCAUGCCGCGCUUCUUGUGAUGCUAGUCAUCUGAUGUGAAGUAGGUCCGUUAUUAUGACAGAUAUGUAUGACUACGCCGACGCAGGGAUCUUCAAAUUCAAUUACUCGAAGCUCCCUCGUUGCUCUUCUGAUUGAU